UUCGUGUAGCGAUGCUGCUACUGAUGUGGAAGGUACUUCAUGUGGCUCCGGAAUUGCCGACUAGAGCCUCUCACGGAUUUCAGUCAAUCUUCGACGAUGGUGGGUAACCGCAGGGUGAAGCUCGCGGCGAGCAAUGAAACCACUACCACGUCCAUGAUCAACAGCGGCAUUACCAGUGGGAGCGACAACAACAUCGUCUCCACUGUAAAGCCGACCACUCAGCAAAAAGUUCGACGGAUCCUCGAGGAGCAGGCCAGGUGGCAAGAAAACGGACCACGCAGACGCGUAAAGUGCACGUCGGGCACCGCUGCUUGCUGCGUGGUUAACAACUACAGCAUCGUCGCGUCUAGAGGCGAACUCGCUCGAAAUAACCGCGCCGCGAGUGAAACGACGACCAACGUCACCAGCAAAAAACGGACGUCAGCAGCGAUCGUCAACGGGAGGAUCCACUCCAAGGAGGAGACUGCUCGCUGCGGCAUCCUCGCCGAAGAGAGCCGGAAGGCGAAGGACGCGUCCAAGGAGACGACCACGUCGACGACUGGCACGAGGUCGGGCGUCUCGCGCGGCAUUCACCGCGGAAUAAUCAAGUCCGCGUCCGUGCCGAAGGACUUGAAGGAAGCGCGGGAGAGAACGUUGCAGCGGGUGCCGAAGGACGGGAUUCUCAAGAGGUCUUCCGCCUUCUUGGCGAGCCUAGCGCAUCCCUCCAGCAAGCGACUCGCCGAGCGCAACUCGCCGGAUUCGGACGACGACGCGGCCAGGUUCCUUCGGCCGUCCGACAACGGCUACCAGCUCGCACGCGCCUCGUCGUCGAAGCACACCGGCCUCAAGAGUUACCUCUCGAUCUUGUCGAGCGGCGACAGCAACGCGAAACUGUGCGCACUGCAGCGCUCGCCCAGCGUGCGGACGCUGUCGACCAGCUGGAAGAAGGGCGCCGUGGGCGUGAAGAAAUCGGUCUCUUUCAGCUCCGACACCAGCUUCCAGGAGAAACGCGCGCCCUACCGGAAGCAGUCUGCCGUUCAUGAGGCCAUGAUCUAUCGCAAAGGUGUGCUUCAAGACUGCGCAUACGAAGAAACGACUAAAGCGAAAGUAUCAUCCUCGUGGAAGACACCCUCCGUGGGCCCUAUGGCCCUUCUGAUGGCCGCCAAAGAGGCGAACAACAUGGGUCUCAAGGAAAUCAUAGGGCACAUCCGGAAUGUAGGACUCAAGGGCAUAGACAUCAACACGGUCGACAGGAACGGCAGGACGGCCAUAAGCCACAUAGCUGGGAACGGCACGCCGAUGAUAUUGGGGAUGGCGCUUUCUCUCGAUGGCGUGGACCCCAAUCUGCCCGACAACGAGGGUAACACACCGCUUCAUUUCGCCGCCCAAGCUGGACACGCCGAAUGCCUCAACAUUCUCCUGCAGAAGUGCCCCGACAUCGAGGUGGACGCCAGAAAUACCAUGGGCCUCACGCCCCUCAUGAAGGCCGCCAUUCAAGGCAGAAUCAAUUGUGCGAAGAUCCUCCUGUUCGCCGGUGCGAAUCCUACGUUACGUGACUACGGUAGGGGCUUGCGGGCCGGGCAGUGGGCGAGGUUUUGCAGCAGGUACGAGUGCGCCGAAAUGAUCGAGAGAUUCACGAGACAUCGUCUACUGGAGCAAACGUCCUGCCGGUGGGGCAGCGAGCCCGAAUUGGCCAUGAAAAUGUUGCAGGGCAAGGUGACACUGCAACCCACGAGUCGCUUGCCGUCGCCGUCGACGGGACUGAAGUCGAAGAUACAGAAGGUCUUCCGCAGCACCUCCAGCUCCGAUCACACCUCCUCCCUGGUGCUACAACUCACCAGCGCGACUUUGUGUGCGAGCAGCCUCGCUCUGUCGAAACCCAGUGAGGUGUCAUCUGUGGUGAAGAGCUUCCUGCCACCGUUGAGUGUUCCUCAAUUGAAAGUGACGUUGGCCUCACCGCAGGACUUUCGGGAGAUAUCGGAGCUGUACGGGACUUUCAAGGAUGAGAUCGAGAGCGCGAUAGUAAGGCCAUCGCACUGGAAGAAGAAAAGCAAGUAGUCGAGCGCGCCAAGUUUCCGCGACCGCGGCAGCCGUCGUGGCAGCCACAUUGUUGUUUGUCCGUCGUCGCUUCGCGUCGACCAACCUCCUCGCGAAAGGAAAGAUUACGCAAGUCUCAUUGUUUGAUAUAAGACAGCGCGAGGCUGAAGAGUAUUUGUGAUUUACGUGAUCUAUGUGAUCUAUAUGAGAUGCGUUUAACCGAUGUUCCGUGUUAACCGAUAUUCCAUUCUGUAUCUGUAAAACCGAUUCGGAUGUUCUCUCCCUCCUACUCUUCGUAAGCCGCGCUGGUGCGCGCUGGUUCUUCAAGUACACGUCGUAAGGUCUUCCGUUCUCUUCCUCUCAUUCUUCUCUGUUUUCACCUUGCCGACAAAUAUUAGCGAUGCAUUUUUCUCUCUUCCCCUGCCCCCUCGCUGUCCAUUCGCCUCCCACGGAACACGUAUGCGACGAUGAUAGGGAAGAGACCUUUGGGAGAAACCGAUCGCCUCCGAUAAAUCAGCAACCCCGCAGCCGGCGGGGCCGAAGUGCCGAGUCAUGCUUAUACGGCCGCUACUCGAGAUUGUUUUCGGUGUAAACUUUCGGCGGCCGGCGAAGGCCGGCGGUGUAAACAUUCGGGACGGUCGAGUCUUAUUUUUAGUUUAGACUCCUAAUGGAUCGCGAGACGCGGCGCGAGAACGGCAAGACACGAGCGGGAGUUUACGAGAGCUCGAGUUGCGCGGCCGCGCCGCGCUCGAAGGUCACGAGGAUCGCAGCAAUGGCGCUGGAAGAUUCGCCGCCGCCGCACCGCGGCGAAUGGGAUCUCGAAUCAGCUGUGCGGACGCGGAUGUCUUUUGAGCGGGAGAAUUCGCGCGGAGAACCCUCCGGACUCGAGCCGAAAGGUAGAAGGUAGAGUUGCCAGAUGGCCGGGAUUUCCGGGAUUGUCCCGAAAUUUAAGUCUUUUGUCCCGGAAAAUCAAAAUUUCAACAAAAUUAUUAUCAUAAUAUUCAUGUUUUUAACUGGCACUAGAGAGAAAUAUGAGAGCAAUUGUCGGAACUUAUAAGGUUAAAAAAUUUGACGUGUCACCUCAGAAAACUGAUGUUAAGUAAGCCAAAAAAUUCAAUGUCUAAACUCACCCCUCUAUCUUUCACAAUUAAGUAAAAUUCUCUAACAACCUAUUUUUCAACCGUCGCCUAAAAAAAAGUCCCGGAAAUAGUCAUUUCGCAUCUGGCAACCCUAGUCGAAGGUCGAAUUUCAGAGACGAGCGGGCCGAGCAAGCGAGUGAGCUGGCUAGCUUGCGCGCGGCUCGCGAGUCUCUCCUCUAACUUAACACGCGUUUUACGUACAAGAUUUUAUAUCGAUGUAGUUAUUGUCACAGAGAUGGUUGUUAAAAUAAAUGUCUUCUGGAUCAA